CACAUGGUCAUGACAUCAUCAGAGGUCCUUUAGCUGGCUAGGAAAUAGCAUGUACCAUGCAAUGAUGGAGGGUUCCGUUCCGGUGAAUUCUCAUCUUAUGUUACAGGAGUUGAAGGACUUCACGAAGCGAUGCCGGAGCCGCCUGACGGAGCUGCUGCAGGAGCUGGGCUGGGAGCAGGAGGCGCCGGGCGGGGAGCAGGAGUCGGUCGUGUGCCCCUAUGACUCUAACCACAGAAUGCCAAGGUCCUCUCUGGAGAAGCAUGCUGUCCUGUGCAAGAGACUUAAGAUGGGAUACAGCAAGGAAGAAGCAGACGUUCUUGACCCCCAGUUUUUCUAUGAAAAAGCAAAGGUGACAUCCAUUUUUAUAGAUAAGUCCAAGCAGUUUCAGAUAAUAGAAGAUGCCAGGAAUAGUGCUCCUGCCACAGGUGAAGAUAAAUCAUGGGACAAACGUGACUACUCCACUUCAGCUGUUGAAGUUCCUCUGAACCACAAACGCUCCAUCUGCGAUCUCACGUCUGCCGAUCGUCUUGCCAUAUAUGACUAUGUCCUUCUGGAGACUAAGAAGCAGAUGCCCGUAGAUCAGCAGAACACAUCAGAUUUGUUUGAGGAUUUAACUGCUAAACUCAACCAAGAUGAUGAGCAGAAGUGUCCCAAGUCCCACUUAGAAAUCAUGGCUGAAAUGAGAGACUACAAAAGAAGGCGCCAGUCUUACAGGGCUAAGAAUGUUCACAUCACAAAGAAGUCCUAUACAGAGAUAAUACGAGAUGUCAUUAAUGUACAUAUGGAAGAACUGAGUGGAAAAUGGCAUGAUGAAAUCCAGGAUGAUGCUUGCUCCUCAAUGUCGUCUUCCUCAAUAAAAAGACGGGAGCGAUCUGGAUCUACAGACUCGCGACAAUCUGGGGGAAGUUACAGAGACAGACAUCGAUCUGGACGCAAAAGAGAGCGCAGCAGUAGUCCACGAAGACAUCGCAGUAGGGACAGGGAGAAGGAUUCUAGACAUAAAAAAAACAGGGAUGAAGAUAAAGAUCACAGCUACAAGAGGAACAGGAGGGCUAAGUAGACACUAUUAGUGUAGCACCCUUUUGGAUGAUAUUGUUCAGCAUAAGUGAUUGUUAUCCUUUAUGAAAUUUGUUGCUAAAUGUAUUUUAUAUUGAUAAGUAAAUGCAUUGAAGUAUGUCAUUAAAAAAGAAGCAAUCUCUUA